CUGGUGGAAUUUCUGCUUCAAAACGGCGCAGAUGUCAAUGAAAAGGGGGGCUCGUACGAUACCGCUUUACAAGUCGCGUGCCAUGUGGGACAUGUUGAUAUCGUACGGCUGCUCUUGGACUGGGGAGCUCUUGAUGUAAAUGCGCAGAGCGGACGGUAUGGCUCGGCUCUGCAGGCGGCGGUGUUUUGCGACUUGGAGGAAACUGUCCAGGUUCUACUCGACAACGGAGCUGAUGUUAACGCGUCUGGCGGGAGGUAUAACAAUGCGCUGAAUGCCGCUGUUGUCAGGGGAUUUUGGCAUACUGCCAGGAAGUUGCUUGAUCUCGGGGCG